AUGUCAUGCAUCAACUCCACAACAGCACAGACAAUUCCUGCCGCCUCGCAAAUAACAUAUUCGAAGGCAAUAUCAAGCAGCUCGAUCAGGUUUGAGUGGUCCAGUGCGCAAGGAGCCGAGAAAUACAUUUUGGUGGUGAAUGGAACUUUCCAUCCUGAGACUCAUAACCUCACUUUCACCACGCUAAGUGGACAGAUAGACAACCUCCAGCAAGCCACUUCAUACAGCUGUUACAUUUAUUCCGCCAAUUCUGCAGGACUUGGCUCCAAGAGCCUUGUUAAAACCAUCAGAACGUUGGUGCAGCCACCAAAUAACGUGGCCGUAAGAGAGUUAACGCAGAGCAUGGCUCGCGUAACAUGGAACAAUGUUUCAGGAGUCCUGCUCUACCAGGUGUCAGUGAUAGCCAAUAACAAGCCGGGAUUUCCCCUGGUUCUUAAGAACGUCACUGGUACCGCAGCGAAUAUCUCAAACCUGGAGCCGUGUACAACAUACACAAUAGGAGUUGCAUCCAUCAACAUGUUCCUGGAACCAGGAGAGUUCAUCAACGUCACCUACUUAACUUCCACCAUUUCAACAGUUUCCUCCAUCUCUGUGGAGUACAGCUGUCUUACUUCUACAGCAAUGGUCAGUUGGGAUGUGGUUUUUGGUGCCACGUCGUACCAUGCCGUCAUUACAGAUGGUCAAGGCCGGUCGCUCAACUGCACUUCCACGGACACCACCUGCCAGGUCUUGAUGCUGGUCUGUGGAGAACGAUACUCUGUACGGAUCACAGCCUUCGCUAACUGUGAAAGCACUUCUGAUGGCAGCUACAUCUUCGAGACAGCACCCUGCCAACCCAAAGCACUAAAGCUGUACCGUGAGUGUUCCACUAACGUCAUCUUGUUCUCGUGGGAUUCCACCAACAACACGGCUUAUUACUUCGCCAUAGCUGUGGACUCGGACCAACUGGUAACUGAAUGCCUCACUGUGGACACCUCCUGUUAUUUCACCGACACCGUCUGUGGUCAAACCUACAGCUUCUAUGUCAGAUCCAUCUACUCCGGAGGACUAGACUGCAACAGUGGAUACACAGACGGUGUGGUGAUCAAAACAGCCCCAUGUUUACCGCAGAACAUCUACACAAUAGCAAACUGUAAUAGCAUCAGCAGUGCCGUCAUUACUUGGGAUGAGGCCACAGGAGCCGAGACCUACAUUGUGGAGGCCCGCGGUAAUCGUAAAGAUUUCUACAACUGUACGUCUGCAAACACAAGCUGCACGCUAACAGAUCUGGAUUGCGGAGAGAGCCUGAGCGUGUGGAUUGUUGCCACAAAUGGUGAAUGUACUACUGAUCCUGUGCUGGGAGAGGUGGCAGAGACAGUUCCCUGCAUACCUCAGAACGUGUCCGCUGUGAAGACUUGUAGUUCAGAAUCUGCCUCUCUCACAUGGGACAAUGCCAACGGUGCCAUCUUCUACAUUGGAUCGGCAAAGCAUAUAGAUGGUACAAUUCACACCUGCGCUGCCAUGGCGGCAGAGUGCACAUUCCCAAACCUGAGAUGCGGCGAGAUGUAUGAUUACUGUAUAUGUACACUUUUUAUAUAUAACCUAUUUUUUCAUAUAACUUCCUCUUCUCUAGCUCCCUGCAUUCCCACAAAUGUUGCUGCCGCUCUAAACUGUACAUCCAACAUUGCUUCCAUCACCUGGCACAGUGCACUUGGUGCCACUUGGUACUUGGUAAAGGCGGAAAGCAGCCAAGGGUACAAGACGUCCUGCAACAACACUGUUACACACUGUGAUAUCCCAAACCUGCAGUGUGGCCAGGAAUAUUCCAUCACAGUCAUGGGCAUGAAUGGUGUCUGCAUGGGCCCGGCUAGCCUGCCUUUCACUCUCGUCUCAGCACCAUGCCACAACACUGGCAUUCAAGCCAGUCUGGACUGCCGCACCAACUCAGCACUCAUUUCUUGGACACCAGGCAAUGGUUCGCUAAGUUUCAAUGCAAUACUGCAGUCUUUCCAGGACCCCCAAAAGCACAACUGCUUCACCAACGGCUCCUCCUGCAGCAUCAGUUCACUGCCGUGUGGUCAGCACUAUAACAUCAGUGUUACAGGAUACGGCCGGACCUGUUCAACCUCUUCUAAAACCUUGGUCACUCUAGACACGGCUCCAUGUGUUCCCACUCAAGUCAAUGUGUCAUUAUCCUGUGGGUCGGACACUGCAUCUGUUUCCUGGGCAGCAUCUAGUGGCCUUGUUUCAUACUAUACAGUAACAGCAGUAGAUGAUAAUGGACAAACGCUAACCUGCAACUCCAGCAGCACUUCCUGUGACAUCAGCGGCCUGCUGUGUGGUCAGGUGUACAAUGUGUCAGUCACAGCUAUGAGUGUGGACUGCACUGGGCAACGUAGUGAAGUGCGUCGCAUCAAUACUGCACCCUGUGCUCCUCAGUCUGUGGUCAGUCAGCUCUUAGACUGUCGAACAGGUGAUGUUCAAAUUAGCUGGCAGUCGAGUAAAGGGGCGCAAAUCUACUAUGCUCAAGCAAAAUCCACUGACAAGACUCUGGUGUGUAACUCCACCUCCAAGUCCUGCAUAAUCCCUGCAAUUGGCUGUGGGCAGACGUACAAUAUCACUGUGGUUGCAGAAGCCAACGGCUGUAGCUCCAACGCCAGUGUGACCAGUCAGGUCACGGCAGCCCCAUGCCCUCCACUGAAUAUCCAGUCCAUAAUGAACUGUGACAGCAACACAACAAGUGUGUCCUGGUCCAGUGGCAAUGGAGCUCUGUCCUUUAUGAUGGCAAUGGAAUGCUCUAAUGGACAGAGGUACAUCUGCAGGACCAAUGAAACAGGAUGUGACAUCACUAACAUGGCAUGCGGACAAACAUGCACAGUUAAGGUAGUGGCAGAGGGACGUUCCUGCAACAGCUCUGAAGGGACUGGAUCACCUGUCAUAACAGGUCCUUGUGUACCACAAAACGUGUUGGCCAGUGUAAGCUGUAGCAGCAACAUAGCAAGUGUAACCUGGGGGAGCAGUCGAGGGGCGGAGCUUUACACAGUGACAGCCAGCAGUGCUAAUGGCCUUUCAGCUAACUGCACCUCAACAUCCACUUCCUGUGACCUGUUAACUUUGACCUGCGGACAGUCUUACACGAUCACAGUGAAGGCAAAAGGCAGCAACUGCAGCAGUGGGAACAGUGCGCCUGUUCAAGUUCAAGCAGUGCCCUGCACCCCAAGUAAUGUCCUGCCCACCGUGGAUUGUGUCACAAAUGCUUUAGUGGUAUCAUGGACACCUGGUGCAGGAGGACAGUAUUACACGGCCACCUUGCAGGACAGCAAUGGACUGUCCACCACCUGCCAGUCUACGGGCUCACAGUGUAAUGUGACGGGGCUCAGGUGUGGUCAGCUGUACCACGUCAAUGUGACGGCGUCAGAUGAUCUGUGUAGCAGUCCUCCCAGUGCUACUGUGAACACUAACUCAGCUCCAUGUGCUCCAGUCAGUGUGGGGGUCACUAGAGACUGUGCAUCGAACAACGUGAUAGUAAGCUGGCAGGCCCUUCAGGAUGGGAGUCUGUACACAGCAGUACUGCAGGAUGAACAUGGACCCACAGUUAAUUGCAGCACCAGCUCUAACAACUGCACAUUCGCAGACCUGCUCUGUGGAAUGAACUACAACGUCACAGUCACAAGGAAUGAUGGUCAAUGCAGGAGUCUGCCAUCCACACCCAUUCAGAUACAGUCAGCUCCCUGUGACCCUCAAAACAUCACAACUGUGCUCCAGUGUGACACCAACACGGCCAACGUGACAUGGGCUGCCAGCGCAGGAGCUAAUGGGUACACAGCAAUGGCAACAGACGGGCAGCAGCAACGCUUAGCUUCUUGUCACUCUAUGGGAACCUCCUGUCAGCUGACCUCUCUGCCGUGUGGGAUGAGACUAAAUGUGACUGUCCAAGCUGAUGACACCACCUGCAACAGCAGCUCUCAACCUAAAGCUGUGGUGGUAACAGCUCCCUGCAUUCCCACAAAUGUUGCUGCCGCUCUAAACUGUACAUCCAACAUUGCUUCCAUCACCUGGCACAGUGCACUUGGUGCCACUUGGUACUUGGUAAAGGCGGAAAGCAGCCAAGGGUACAAGACGUCCUGCAACAACACUGUUACACACUGUGAUAUCCCAAACCUGCAGUGUGGCCAGGAAUAUUCCAUCACAGUCAUGGGCAUGAAUGGUGUCUGCAUGGGCCCGGCUAGCCUGCCUUUCACUCUCGUCUCAGCACCAUGCCACAACACUGGCAUUCAAGCCAGUCUGGACUGCCGCACCAACUCAGCACUCAUUUCUUGGACACCAGGCAAUGGUUCGCUAAGUUUCAAUGCAAUACUGCAGUCUUUCCAGGACCCCCAAAAGCACAACUGCUUCACCAACGGCUCCUCCUGCAGCAUCAGUUCACUGCCGUGUGGUCAGCACUAUAACAUCAGUGUUACAGGAUACGGCCGGACCUGUUCAACCUCUUCUAAAACCUUGGUCACUCUAGACACGGCUCCAUGUGUUCCCACUCAAGUCAAUGUGUCAUUAUCCUGUGGGUCGGACACUGCAUCUGUUUCCUGGGCAGCAUCUAGUGGCCUUGUUUCAUACUAUACAGUAACAGCAGUAGAUGAUAAUGGACAAACGCUAACCUGCAACUCCAGCAGCACUUCCUGUGACAUCAGCGGCCUGCUGUGUGGUCAGGUGUACAAUGUGUCAGUCACAGCUAUGAGUGUGGACUGCACUGGGCAACGUAGUGAAGUGCGUCGCAUCAAUACUGCACCCUGUGCUCCUCAGUCUGUGGUCAGUCAGCUCUUAGACUGUCGAACAGGUGAUGUUCAAAUUAGCUGGCAGUCGAGUAAAGGGGCGCAAAUCUACUAUGCUCAAGCAAAAUCCACUGACAAGACUCUGGUGUGUAACUCCACCUCCAAGUCCUGCAUAAUCCCUGCAAUUGGCUGUGGGCAGACGUACAAUAUCACUGUGGUUGCAGAAGCCAACGGCUGUAGCUCCAACGCCAGUGUGACCAGUCAGGUCACGGCAGCACCCUGUCCACCUACUUUUGUCACUGCGGUUUUGGACUGCUCUACUAACACGGUCUUAGUGUCGUGGAGCUCCUUGGGCAUUUCAGGGGUUCAUUACACGGCAACAGCAAUUGGCCCAUUGGGGCCCUCUAGUGGUGUGGAGUGUACCACGACAAACUUCAACUGCACUCUUGCCCACCUGCAAUGUGGCAGCCAAUACAAUGUCACUGUCACUGCUACCAAAAACAACUGUACUAGCAAAUCCAGCAAGGACUACUCCUUCAUUACAGCUCCAUGUGUGCCAGUUCUGAACGAUGUGGCUCUGAACUGUAGCUCAAGGUCCGCUGUGGUGAACUGGUCAGGAUUGAGUCUAGAUGCAUUAUCGGUCAGCGCAGUGAGCUCUCAGGGUGAACAGCUGGGAUGUGGUGUCUUCAACAAUGGUUCAUGUGUGGUGGAAGGACUGCAGUGUGGACAGACGUAUACGUUCAGUGCGAAUACAACGCAAGGCCAGUGCACCAGUGCUGCUAGUAACACACUGCAGAGGGAGACAGCCCCAUGCCCUCCACUGAAUAUCCAGUCCAUAAUGAACUGUGACAGCAACACAGCAAGUGUGUCCUGGUCCAGUGGCAAUGGAGCUCUGUCCUUUAUGAUGGCAAUGGAAUGCUCUAAUGGACAGAGGUACAUCUGCAGGACCAAUGAAACAUGUCCUUGUGUACCACAAAAUGUGUUGGCCAGUGUAAGCUGUAGCAGCAACAUAGCAAGUGUAACCUGGGGGAGCAGUCAAGGGGCGGAGCUUUACACAGUGACAGCCAGCAGUGCUAAUGGCCUUUCAGCUAACUGCACCUCAACAUCCACUUCCUGUGACCUGUUAAGUCCUUGUGUACCACAAAAUGUGUUGGCCAGUGUAAGCUGUAGCAGCAACAUAGCAAGUGUAACCUGGGGGAGCAGUCAAGGGGCGGAGCUUUACACAGUGACAGCCAGCAGUGCUAAUGGCCUUUCAGCUAACUGCACCUCAACAUCCACUUCCUGUGACCUGUUAACUUUGACCUGCGGACAGUCUUACACGAUCACAGUGAAGGCAAAAGGCAGCAACUGCAGCAGUGGGAACAGUGCGCCUGUUCAAGUUCAAGCAGUGCCCUGCACCCCAAGUAAUGUCCUGCCCACCGUGGAUUGUGUCACAAAUGCUUUAGUGGUAUCAUGGACACCUGGUGCAGGAGGACAGUAUUACACGGCCACCUUGCAGGACAGCAAUGGACUGUCCACCACCUGCCAGUCUACGGGCUCACAGUGUAAUGUGACGGGGCUCAGGUGUGGUCAGCUGUACCACGUCAAUGUGACGGCGUCAGAUGAUCUGUGUAGCAGUCCUCCCAGUGCUACUGUGAGCACUAACUCAGGUCCGUGUGUUCCUCAGCAUCUGACAGUGCAGUACAGUCCUUCCACCGCUCUGCUCUCCUGGGAUGUCACUAAAGGUGGUGCCAACUUCACAGCAGAGGCUGUGACCCUCGAGGGCCUGAUGGUGACCUGUGAGACCUCUAACACGAGCUGCACCUUCCCAGACCUGGGUUGUGGUCAGAUCUACAACGUCAGUGUGACGGCUCACAACAGUGUCUGCAGUGACACUGUGGCCUCUGAUCCUAUCAAGACAGAACCCUGUCCUCCUCAGAAUGUCAAAGCUAGCCUAAACUGCGCCACCCACAGUGCUACUGUUUCCUGGGAGCCUAGCCAUUUGGCAGUGGGAUACGCUGCAUUCCUGGAAGGCAGAAAUGGUCAUUCCACUUCCUGUCGGACAAAUCAUACAUACUGCAGUUUAUUUGAUCUCACCUGUGGAACAGUGUACUAUGUCAGAGUCCGUGCCAUCGGUGAGGUGUUCAACAGCUCUGACAGCAUAGGGGUCAACAUGACAUCAGCACCAUGUCUGUCCACCAGUGUGUCUGCUCUGGUGGACUGUGCUACAGAUUCAGUUCUAGUGUCCUGGAGUUCCAUUGCUGGGGCGGAGAAUUACUCCGUGACCGCUUUGGGGUCAGAAGGUCAAACAGUCUCCUGCUCAACCAGUCAGAACCACUGUAACAUCUCCUCCCUGCAGUGUGAUCAGCAAUUUAACCUCACCUUCGCCUCUACAAACCAGCAGUGCCAAAUGACCUCCACCACCAAUGUCACGUUUCAGUCCAUUCCAUGUGUUCCUCAGAAUGUGGUGUCUGAGCUGGACUGUUCGUUUAACUUUAUAACUAUAAGGUGGAACAUUAGCCAUGGGGCGGCGUCUUACCUUGUGGUUGCCAAUGGACCUGAGGGUCCAGUGACUGCCUGUAACACAACUGCACAGCAGUGCAGACUGCAAACACUGCAUUGCAGCUCCUCGUACAAUGUCAGCGUCAUUGCAGUCAACCAGCAAUGCAACACAUCAGGAAGUUCCAUCUUACGAAUAAACACCGUGCCGUGUGUACCUAGUCAUGUGCAGGGCAGUGUAAACUGUACGACUGGAGAUCUAUCUGUAUCCUGGGACCCAAGCAUGGGGGCCAUUUCCUAUGCUGCGGUUGCUCAGACUAGUGGUGGCUACGCUUCAGUGUGCAACAGCACCGGAACAGCAUGUGUCUUCUCAGAUCUGCUCUGUGGGAUGAACUAUAGUCUAGCUGUCAGCGCCACUGACGGGACAUGCAACACUGCACAGAGUCAACCAGUUGUGCUGAGUACAGUGUCCUGUAAGCCACAGAAUGCUAGCGCCCAGCUCAACUGUGACACCAACUCUGCAGUUGUAAGUUGGGAGCUCAGUGAUAACAUUAAGCGUCACACAGUCCAGGCUACUGGUUCUGAUGGACAUCGCAUCGACUGCUCCAGCUCCGACCACAGUUGUACAUUAUCUGGCAUACACUGUGGCCAGAGCUAUAACAUUACCGUCACUGCCUUGGAUGGAGUAUGUGACAAUAGCAACAUGCACCUCUUUCUGCAGUCAGCUCCAUGUGCACCUAGCAAUGUUCAGACGUCUUUGCAUUGCGACAUCAGCAAUGGUGGUGUUGUGUCUGUGUCGUGGGUGCAAGCAAACGGGGCGGAGUCUUACACGGCUGUGGCUGAGUCUAACAAUGGUUAUUCCUACUCUUGUAACACCACCGCUGCCUCCUGUGAUCUACAGGAACUGCAGUGUGGUCAGAUUUAUAAUGUGUCUGUCUACUCACUGGCUCAUGGCUGUGGGAGAGUGAAGAGCACUACGUCUCAGGUGCAGACAGCUCCAUGUCCCCCUCAGAACGUAUCUGCCAUUGUGCAGUGUGAUUUAGGGUCUGUGCUGGUGAGUUGGAACCCAGCAGUGGAUGCCAGCCAGUUCAGAGUUGAACUGGAGUCCGAGAGCACCGGUACGAUCUCCUCCUGUAACAGCACAAACACACAGUGCUCCAUCGCCCAUCUGCCCUGUGGAGAGAGAUUCAACCUCAGUGUGGUGGCACUGAGAGGCAGCUGUCAGAGUCAACCAAUCAGUGACCUUUCCAUCUCCUCAGCUCCAUGUAUCCCACAGGGGGUCACCGGUACUGUGGACUGUGUUACUAACUCUGCAUGGAUAUCAUGGAAUGUAGAUAAUGGUACAGAAUCUUACACAGUGCUGGCUGUAAGGGAUGACGGUCACAAUUCCACCUGUAGCAGCUCAAACUCCACCUGUAAUGUACCUGACCUGGGGUGUGGAAGGAGCUACACCUUUCACGUCACUGCCUCAAACGCUGUUUGUGUGAGCCCACCCAGCAACAGCUUUCAGCUGGAGACAGCACCUUGUGCCCUGUCAUCCAUCCUGGUGGUGGCUGAAUGCCACAGUUCUGUUAUCAUGGUACAGUGGCAGAGAGCUCGGAGUGGAAAUUCUCUCUACAUUGCCACAGCAGAGGAUCAAGACCGUUCCCUCCUUUCCUGCAAUAGCUCCGCUUCUUCAUGCAACUUUACCAAUGUGCAGUGCGACAAGGAGUACACCAUCAUUGUAGCCGCUUCGGCCAACCAAUGCAGCAGCCUCCGCAGCCCACCGUACAAGAUCAGAACUGCACCCUGUCAGCCCUCAUCAGUACAGGCCGAUGUAGACUGUCAGUUGAAGGAUGUGUUUGUGUCAUGGGACCCAUCAUACGUGGCGCAGUCGUACCUGCUUACUGUAGUCGGCAGAAAUGGAGACUUGAAGACGUGCAAUACCUCGGACAAUAACUGCACGCUAACCGAUCUGCGUUGCAGCAACACCUACUAUGUGUCCGUUUUAGCCAGUAAUGAGAACUGCACCAGCCUGCCCAGUGCUAACAUCACCUUCCAAACGGUGCUAUGUGAGCCAGCCAACUUAACUGCAAACAUACAGUGUGGGAACAGUAGUAGUGCCUCAUUGUCAUGGGUGGGGAGUACAGGGGCGGUGGUCUACACGGGACUUGCUCAGUCAGAAACCGGCACAACAGUCUACUGUGAAACCACACACACGUCCUGCACUCUGGAGGGCUUAGUGUGCGGCACUGUGUACAACUUUACAGUGCAGGCAAAGGAUGGCUUCUGCAACAGUUCCUUGAGUGAACCUCAAACUAAGGGAGCAGCUCCCUGUCCUCCAGCUGGAUUGAGGGUUGUCCCUCGUACAGUAGAGAAUGAUACUCAGAUCUUGAGGGCAUCUUGGUCUACUGUGAAUUGUCCUAAUUCUGAAUACCUCCUGGCACUCACGGGCAGCAUUCAGGGCAACAGCCAGGCACUCUUUGACCUCGCCUCCUAUUGGACAAGUCGCAGGUUCUUUGAGGUGCCCCUCCCUUGUGGCUCCUCCUACAGCGCAACCAUCAGCGCGAGGAACUCUGCCGCCACAAGCGACAAAUCUGCUGCCAUCACUGGAACCACAGUACCUUGUGCCCCUCUGAAUGUGACGUUCUCUGCAUCAUCGGUGGAAGUAGCAUGGAAACAGUCUCUAUUUGCUACAAACUACACUGUGUAUGGGGUUAAUUCUUCUGGUAGGACGAAACUCUGCAUGACCUCACAGCUGCUCUGCUCUGUCACCAAUUUCAGCGGUGGCCACAUUGUCGUAACUGCCAGCAACACUGCCGGGGAGAGUGAAGACUCAGUGCCUGUUUCAGUGACAGCAGGUCGCAGGAGGAGGUGAGACCUGGCACAAAGUGAGAAGGCCCGACCAACCCUGAGUAAAUGCUUGCAUCUCAUCGCACUCAAACUCUUGCCUCUGAGAAUUCCUGCACUUACCUAAGAAUUUGUGAAACUCUGUGAUAUUUAACUUUUGCAUGUUACAUCAAUUCUGGUUCACGGUUCUUUUUUUUUAAACAAUAUUUAAGGGUGAAAUAGAUUGACUGGGUGUAAGAUUAACUAUUUCUUUUAAAAUGUUUUCCAAAAUCUGUUGUUUCUGGCUGAAGGAUUUACUUUCAUGCAAUGCCAAAUAUUUAAAAAAAAAAAGUCUUAUAUAAAUGUAUUCCUGUUUUUGUAUACGAGUAGUUAUAUUAAAUACAAAGAGCAUUUCUCCAUGUGAUCAGUCUUAUAAAUUAUGACAUGUAAAGCACAUGUAAAAUAAAUUAACCAUAUACAAAACAGCUGCUCUUCUUAUAAAAUGAAUGUUCUUACAAGGAACUGAAAAGGGCACAGCAGUGAAAGCAAAAAAAGCACUGUAAAAGACUGUAUUUAACAUCUUUAAGUGAAUGAACUACUCAUCCCAUGAACCAACACAACUGACAACAGAAUCAAGUUGAUAAAAUAAAACUAUUGACUAUAAACAAUUUUAAUUAUAAAACAGUGCAUUUUGUUUAAUUUUUACAAUUUAUUUCAAGAUAUUAAUACUUGUACAAGCAAUUUGAGAGUAAAACUGACUACAUUAUCACAAUACUUCAUGCGAAUGGGUAGCCGCUACUUUUCUCACCUACACAGUUCUGAUCUCUCUUUAUAAUUAUGGAUAUUACUGUACUGCAAAAAAUAAAGUUGAAAUCAUACAGCA